UGAAGAAAAAGGGAAAUUGUAUGUCCCUUUUGAAUGAAAAUCUGUAGAUUGUUCAAAGCAUGAGGAUAUAUAGGUUAAGCAUUAAAAACAAAAGAAAUAAAGCGUGAAAAAAUAAAUAAUGUACAUGUGGGGCAAAAGAUCUUAUCAACAUCCAUGAUUUUGUCUAGCAAAAUCUAGAGUUUCGUCUUUCAUGGGACCCUUCCAAGAUUUUCUGUCCCAAAACGUCUCUAUAUAACAUCAUGUCCACACUCCUUAAGACCCCCUCUCCCUUCCCAUCGAUCAAAUUUUCCUCUGCUCAUCAUUUUCAAGUCCAAAAAUAACUUACCCUACCCAACUUCAUUUCUCCAGAAAUGAAGGAUGGUGGCAGAAAACAAGGUGUAAUGUCACCAUGUGCAGCAUGCAAGCUUCUUCGACGGAGAUGUGCACAGGAUUGUGUGUUUGCUCCUUAUUUUCCUGCAAAUGAGCCACACAAGUUUGCCAGUGUGCACAGGGUUUUUGGAGCUAGCAAUGUCAACAAAAUGUUACAGGAACUACCAGAGUACCAACGAAGUGAUGCUGUUAGUUCAAUGGUAUACGAAGCCAAUGCAAGGGUGAGAGAUCCCGUGUAUGGAUGUGUGGGAGCCAUAUCUUCUCUGCAACAACAAGUUGAUGUUUUACAAACCCAGUUAGCACUUGCACAAGCAGAGGUUGUGCACAUGAAACUGAGCCAAGUUUCAACUUCCUCUGAACAACUCAAAGCAGUGCCUGCAACAUCCAAUUCAUCGUCAGAGAACUUAUCUCCAUCAAGUAAACUUGCCAAAACCCUUUUUGCUAUGGACAUGGUCGUUGAUCAGCCAAACAUGGGAGUGUCUUUGUGGUCAUGUUAGUUCUUAGGUUAUUAUAUUGUAACUGUCAUUGGAGUGCAGAAUAUAGGCAUGCAUAGGUACGUAACCUUGUAUCAGUAAAGGGUUGAAUAAAGUUGAUGAUGGACUCCAUUGAAUAUGAUAUCUUCAGCUUCUUUUUUAUCCAUCAUUUAAUAGGUUACUUGUUAUUAUGUUUCUUUUGAGUUAACGGCAUUGAUAUAUAUAUUGAUUUUGAUACUGA